AUGCAAGAAGGUAAUUGUGUUUCUGUGGCUGUUUUUGAAGAAGAAGAUGAAGAUGGGGAUUAUGACGACGAUGACAUGGAAGAUCCAUUUUUCGACGAAUUAGGAGACAUCCAAGCUGAAGAACCAACCGAAAGACCCACUGUUGCUCCAAAGCCAAUGUCUAGUUUUACCGAGUACAAGUGGAAACAUUUCGGCAGUCCCACUGGAGUGGCGGAGUCCCGAAGGAAUCAUCUCAAUCCUGGUACAGAUUCAGAAUAUGGAGGCAAAGUCAAAGCAGUUCUGGAACAUAAUCAGCGGGUAAACCAGCAAGGCAGGUGUAGAAGUCCUUCGCCAAAAGUGAUUCCUGUACAGAAGGAACAUCCUGAUCCAACGAAAACCUACACUCCUCACUGCACGGUAUUGCAUCGAUGUGGUGAAGACACAGGAUGUUGCAAGUACGACAAUAUAUGCCAAUACAAAAAGAGGGUUCUGGUGCAACUUUAUUUCUAUUCGACUACUUUGGACUCAACAAGGACGAAAGUAGAGAAACUCAGCUUCUACAAUCAUACUGAAUGUGAGUGCAGAGAGAAGACCAACGAAACAUCCACAGAACAGCCAGAAGAUAAUUCUUCAGUGCUAUCGUUCAAGUCGGCUGAUACGUACAGUUCUGCUGAAGUAUUGCAGUGUAAAUGUCCAAAGCAUUUUAAAUUAACGCCCGUAGAUCAGUAUAAUUCAUGCCAUUGCGACUGUGAAGAAGAAAAUGUAGACUGCAUCCAACUGAAGAUGGGUAACGAGCAUUUCAGCAUGACUGAUAGGAUAUGUAUACUAAAUAACGAUUGCACCAUCCCAGCAUGUGAGUACGGAACCUAUUCAAGAAAAGAAGGGAAGUGCCCAAGUAUAAAACAAAAAAUGAUGGACUAUAAAGGAAUAAGAAUAAAUUAUUAAAUUAUUGCGCUUAAUUAUAGGACUUUAGAUAAUUUAUAGUGAUAUAUUAGUGUUUUUCGAAACAGUACUCUAGUGAAAGACAAGAAUAUGUGCUCUGCUAAUAAGUUUGUAAUGUAUUGUAAAAUAUUUUUUUAUUUUAGAAAACGAUUUUUUUACCCAGGACCUAGUCUUUAAGUCUAAUUAGAUGCUGUACGUAGUUUGCUUACACAAUGAGAUGUAUUAACCCCUAAUUCAAGACAUAAUUUUUGUUUUGUUUAGUUAAUUUGGUAACAUAGCGUAAUAUGAUAUGAAUAUCAAAAAUGCAAAAGUUAACCAGUUUAAACUAGCAAAUAAUAUAAAUGUUAGCUGCUAGAAAAUAUAUAGAAAAGUUAUGCAUCUAGGAAGUCUAGAUCUCGCUCAUAGGUUUAAAAUAUAUACUUUUUUAAAUAGUGCAGCUCUUUAAAUUUCGAUCCACGUUACAUGUAGAGCUUAGCUCCGCUUUCGGUCUGGUAAAACAUGAAUAGAACAGAGCCAAUACUGAUAGUGUGAAUGAGUUUCCACUUCAGCCAACAUUGUACCAGAAUCUACUCUAAAAUAUUUUAUAAAUAUUUCUGCAUCUAAUUCGUUGUUUCUUGUCACUUUGACUUGUGAUUUCUGUGUUUUUUCCAUUGAAAUAUUCUUUUAAUAAAUAAGUGCGAUAUUCCACUAAUGAUUUUAGAUUUAAGUCGCACAGCAGUGUAGAUAAGGAAAGGUUUCACUGGACUGAGAACGGACCUUGAGCGAUAGUGUGGAUUGAUCUUAAUAUAUCAUCAUGACAAAACAAAUAUCUAUAUUCUGUAAUUUUUUUUACUCUUGACUAUUUCUAUCCAUUUCUAAGUUUUUAUUAUAAGAAUAAAUUUGUUGAAAAAAGUUAAUUUUAUAAAAUCCCAGUAAUAAUACGUAGGUACCUACUAUAAAGUAAUUUUUUCCACAAAAUAAUGCAAUUUUGACAGUUCUAUCAAUUCCAAAUUUAUUUUCUCAUCUAAUUUAUUUAGUACAAACAAAAGAUGUUAAUUAUUAUAAAACUAGUGAUUUAUACAGGGCAUAUCAGAAAGGUUGAGAUUCCGUUUGACCACAAGCUCCUUGGAUCCAAAUUUAGAUGUACAUGUAAAAGUUAACGCCUAUUGAGAUAUAUCCCACCGAAUACGAAGCAACAUUUUUUAAUAUUACUUUAAUAAUGCUUUAGCUAAAAACUUGACCUACGCCUUUCUUUAUUUACUUGGGUAACUCCGAUUUUUAUAAUACAAAAUUACUAGAUUUGUUUUAUGUAGUAUUAAAUUGAUUAAAUGAUUGCACCAUCAUUGGUCUUACAUGAACUGUAAUACAAGAUACUGAGACAUUUCAUUUCCAUAUAUAGAGAAACGUUCCUACGCCUAAAAAUAAGAAAAACACACAAUUAGGAGAGCUAUGUUUAUAUAACUUAAUUUCUUAUUUUUAUGCGGAGAAUUUUUCGUCCAAAUAUAAAAAUAAAAUUGUAGAAUAUGUUUAGUACUUUUGAGAAUGACAACUUUUACUCUUUUUUACUCCAAAUGUGAUUGACAAAUGGUGACCAACAAUGAAACCUCGUAUUCUUUGGUGAAUUUUAAGGAGAGUCUUUCCUAUAAAGUUUUUAUCUAGGA